CUCUAUGAGUCGAAAACGUCACAAUCACAUCACUAACAUAACCUCCAAAAACCUCUUAGAAAAUAAAUCAAGUAUUUAUUUACAAUACAAGUACUUUAAACCUUACAUAGUAAAAAGCAGCAAAAAAAAUGUUAACAAGACUAAAAUUCAGGAGAGAUUUCAGGAUAAUUGUGAGAUGUUUAUCGGAGAAACCACCAGAAAAGGAUGGAAAGAUUGCAAAUAUAGAAGAGAAAGACGAUAAAGCACAAAAUAAAACUGAGAACGCAACAGAAAAAAUUCAAGCUCUUCUAAAAAGUAUGAUGGCAGCGCCUAAAAUAAGCGAAAACGAAUAUACAGAGAAGUUCACUGUUGCUCCUGAGAGAAACCGGAAACCGAAAGGCGAUGAGAUAGAAAGGAAAACACAAAAAAUAGAAGAGAAUCUUACCAAAGCAGCUGAGGAAGUUGCUCAAGCAAUUGGUGGAGAUGUCAAACAGACUGAAGCAGAAUUGUUGUCAAAAGUGCUCGGAAAAAUUAAUCAAACCUCCACAAGCUUAAGUGACUUAUUAGUAGGAAUGAAAGUGGAUCGCACAAAAGAGGGUGAUGAAGGCUUCAAAACAGAAACUCGUGGCCAGCAAGUUAAACGUCUCGUGGCUAAAGCACGGACAGAAGCUCCUAAAACAAGAUUUGUACAAAGAAAAGAAUUUGUUAAACGGAGCACACCUCAAGCCACAGUUAUCAAUAUAUUUGGCGGAGAACCAUUAGGUAUAUUUAAAGCUAAAGAAGAGAAUUAUGGCACAAAGCUUGAUGUGUGGGAGAGAUUGAACCAAAGAGAGUUAGAUUUAGCUACAUUACAACCUCCAGCUAAUUACUUCCAGAAGAUGGUACAGUGGACUGAGCAGGGGAAAGUCUGGCAGUUCCCUAUUAAUAAUGAACAAGGACUGGAAGACGAAAAUAAUGUACAUUUUUCUGAGCAUAUUUUCUUAGAUGUGCAUUUAGAAGGUUGGUGUCCUAGACACGGACCAAUCAGACAUUUCAUGGAGUUAGUGUGUGUUGGUCUUUCAAAGAAUCCAUUCUACACCGCGCAAGAGAAAAAAGAUCACAUAAUGUGGUACAAGGAAUACUUUGAAUCUAAGAAGGAUGUAUUAUUGGAAGUUGGUGUAUGGGAUGUUAAAAAUAUUGAUAAAGAAGCCAAUGUGUAAACAUAAGCAUAUUUUAGUUGUAGAACAUUAAAAAAAUAUUUAAAUCUG